UUUUCACCGGGCAACACGAUUACAGUUGAGCUGUCAAGCUUCAUUCGUAAACAAACAGAUCCAUAAACAAACAAGCUAUUUUACCGCACAAGUGCUUUACAAAUUAAAAAUGGGUAAAAGAAGGGAUAAUAAUGUGGAUAAAGAUGGUGGCGCCGCACCGGAACCAUCCCACAAGAAACACAAAAAGCACAAGAAGCACAAAAAGGCUCGUGCCGAACCGGAACCAACGUACGAGCUGGUGGAAGAACAGCAGGCCCUCGAUGAGACCAUGGAAGUGGUAGAAGAAAUCGAGUAUAUGGAAGCAGAUCCAGAGCCGGAAAUCGUUUCGGAAGUGGAGACAGAUCUGCAAACCACAUUCGAUGCUAGCGUUUCCCAGCUGGAACUGCUGAGCGAAUCGCAAUUGUCCCAGCAGCAAAAGGCACUGUCUCCCGGAAAAUCGCUGGCCGCUAUGAGCAAGGCACAGAAAAAGAGUCGCAAACGAGGGCGUGACAGUGGAACGUCCAGCGAGGAGGAACGUUGGCUCGAUGCGAUCGAAUCCGGCAAACUGGAAGAGGUUGACGAUGAGCUGAAGAAAAUUAAACCAAAAGACCCUAAGCUUAUGACCGCCCGGCAGCGUGCGAUGUACGAGCGUGGUUCGGAUAAAGAGCCGGCGACGGGAUCGGAAAUCCUUAUGUCGCUACCGACCGGUUACAAAGAAAAGGUUAUGACGGAGGAAGCGAUACAGAAGGCGCAGCUUAAGUCACAGAAACGCAAACAAAUGGCUGAUGAAAAGCGAGAAAAGGAUAAAAAGAAAACGAUGGAACGGUUGCUCAAAAAGCAAGACUCUAAAUCGGUGAAAGCGAUAAAGAACCGUCCAAUCAAAGAAAAAGUACCGAUGAUAACGUACGUUAACGGGGUUGAUGGUGCAUCGAUAUCUUUGCCGCCGGAAAUCGAUUUCCCCCUGGCAAAACAGGCACCCCGAGAUCCACCGAAACCCACGCUGUGCGCCAUCCCGAACUGCAACAACAUAAAACGGUACAACUGUUCCCGAACGAACAUACCGCUGUGUAGUUUCGAGUGCUACAAAGCCAACAUAGAGUCAAUAAAGAAAAUCAUCUUCUGAAGCAUUGGCAAA